GGGAGCGCGGGAAAUCCCGAGUGCUGCUGGAAUCCCGCGGGCCGGUGGGACCAUGGCCACUUCUUCGGUGUCCAAGGGUUGUUUUGUGUUUAAGCCAAACUUCAAGAAGAGAAAGAUCUCUGUGCCAGUAGAGGACUAUUUUAAUAAAGGGAAAAAUGAGUCUGAGGACAGUAAGCUUCGAUUCGAAACUUAUCAGUUGAUAUGGCAGCAGAUGAAAUCUGAAACUGAGCAACUACAAGAAGAAUUAAAUAAAAACCUAUUCAAUAGUCUAAUUGAAUUUCUGCAACAGUCUUAUUCUGGAUUCCAUAAGAAUUCAAGAGACUGGGGCUGUCAAAUAAAACUCAGAGAAAUUCCAACUGCUGCUCUUAUUCUAGGUGUGAAUGUAACUGAUCAUGAUUUAACAUUCAGAAGUCUAACAGAAGCCCUUCAGAAUAAUGUCACUCCAUAUGUAGUCUCAUUGCAAGCUAAAGAUUGUCCAGAUAUGAAACAUUUUUUGCAAAAGCUGGUCUCAAAGUUGAUGAACUGCUGUGUAGAUGAGGAAUCCAAAGAGGAAAGUAUUCAGGUCACCCAGAAAAAGACAUUUUGUUCAAUGGAUUCUCUUUCCAGCUGGUAUAUGAGUGUCACACAGAAGACAGAUCCAAAACUGCCAAGGAAAAAGAGGACUUCGUCUAGCCAAUGGCAGUCUCCUCCUGUUGUGCUUAUCUUAAAGGAUUUGGAAAGCUUCACCACAAAAGUACUCCAGGACUUCAUAAUUAUCAGCAGUCAACAUCUACAUGAAUUUCCACUAAUACUCAUUUUUGGAAUUGCUACGUCUCCUAUUAUCAUCCAUCGGUUGCUUCCUCAUGCAGUAUCAUCUCUGUUGUGCAUAGAACUUUUCCAGUCUCUGUCCUGCAAGGAGCACCUGACUACGGUACUUGAUAAGCUACUUCUUACAACUCAGUUUCCCUUUAAACUAAGUGAAAAAGUGCUACAGAUUUUGACCAACAUCUUUUUGUAUCAUGAUUUCUCAAUUCAAAACUUUAUAAAAGGACUUCAGCUUUCUCUAUUAGAACAUUUCUACUCUCAGCCCCUCAGUGUCCUAUGCUGUAAUCUCUCGGAAGCCAAGAGAAGAAUAAAUUUUUUAUCAGAAAAUCAAUGUGAAAACAUCCGACGUCUUCCAUCAUUUAGGAGGCACGUGGAAAAGCAAGCUUCAGAAAAGCAAGUUGCACUAUUGACCAAUGAGAGAUUUUUGAAGGAGGAAAUACAAUCAUUACUAGAAAACUUACAUGUUUACCAUACAAAUUACUUCCUGGUUUUGAGAUGUCUUCAUCAGUUCACCUCUUCUCUUCCCAAGUACCCAUUGGGUCGACAGAUCAGAGAGCUGUACUGCACUUGUUUAGAAAAGAACAUAUGGGAUUCAGAGGAGUAUGCAUCAGCUUUGCAGCUGCUGAGGAUGUUGGCAAAGGAUGAACUGAUGACCAUACUUCAGAAAUGUUUCAAGGUUUUUAAGUCCUCUUCUGAAAAGCAGCUUGGGAGCACAGCAAAGAGAAUAGAGGAGUUUCUGGCCCAGUUUCAGAGUCUUGAUGCAGAAGCCAAAGAAGAAGAAGAUACUUCAGGGCUACAGUCAAAGGGGCUUCAGAAGACAGACCUUUAUCAUCUUCAGAAGUCCUUAUUGGAAAUGAAGGAAUUAAGAAGAACCAGUAAGAAGCAGACCAGAUUUGAAGCACUCAGAGAAAAAGUUGUCAACUUCAUUGACAGUCUGGUGAGAGAAUACCUUCUGCCUCCAGAGACACAGCCUCUGCACGAGGUGAUGUACUUCAGUGCCGCCCACACCCUGCGUGCGCACCUGAACGCUGCUCCCAGAAUCGCCCUCCACACUGCACUCAACAAUCCUUAUUAUUAUCUCAAGAAUGAAGCACUGAAAAGUGAAGAAGGCUGCAUUCCAAAUGUCGCCCCGGACAUCUGCAUAGCAUAUAAACUGCACCUCGAGUGUAGCAGGCUAAUCAACCUUGUGGACUGGUCAGAGGCUUUUGCAACAGUUGUGACAGCUGCUGAAAAAAUGGAUGCAAAUUCUAUAACCUCAGAAGAAAGGAAUGAAAUUAUCCAUGCUCGAUUUAUUAGAGCUGUUUCCGAACUAGAACUUUUAGGAUUUAUAAAACCUACCAAACAGAAGACUGACCAUGUGGCAAGGCUAACAUGGGGAGGCUGCUAGAAAGCAAAAAGGACACCAGUCAUAUUUAUAAACCACCAUGAGACUGUUGGCGAGAAAUGUAUAAUCCUUGUGUGAUGCUUCACCACAAAUAGACUGCUCACCCCAAACAGGAAUAUAUCAAAAUACCUUUGGAGUACUUUAGAAUCCAACAAAUGAUAUGCUUACAUUUUAACUAAAACCUCUCGCACAUUAUCACUGCAGUUUUCAGUCAUUUCUAAAUUAUAAAUGUUCUUGAGCACACAUAGUUUAUAAAUAUAAUAAAUUCCUUUAUCCAGGAGUAUAAA